AUGGGUACCACACUUUCUCGGUGCACCUCGAAGAAUUCGAGCUCCAGCGCUUCAACUCCCUUGGACGUGAGCCAAAGGGUCUUUGAGAAGCAACCCAACUGGCUCACUGCGCCAUCGAGAUGGCGCAUGCACUGCAAUCCAAACCCCGUCCGCUACCGUACACCCACACCAUACCCCAAAGAGGACCGGAAGCGGCUCGAGGACAUUACCAACGACACUGCGUCAGUCCGGAUCGGCGAGAGCGAGAAAGUCGUCGUCGUUGAAGCCCCCGUCGUCCAGCACAUUGAGGUCCGCAAGCCAUUCUCAAAGCACAAGCAACUCCAAGCUCCCAGGCCCAGUUUCCAUGAACCCAGAGGCUCUAUCACCGUCAGCUGGGAGUCAUCCGCGCGCCUGAACCGUUUCGAGCGCGUUGCAUGA